GUGUCAACUGGGUUUGUGUUACUACGAGGAUUCUUAUCCCCCCCCCCCCCCCCUCUUUUUUUCCUUUUUUUUUUGUUUUGUGACCGACCUUUUUGGUCGCAAGCUUGAAGGGUUUUUCUUUUUUGGUCGACAAUCUGAAAUGGAUUGGGAAUUUUCUUUGUUGUGCCAUGUGUCGUUGUUCGCUGGCCUUUGUAGUUUAUUUUUCAUCGCGUCAUAACAAUUUUUUUACUUGGAAGGGGCACAGAUUCGGGAGUGAACACGCUUUUGCUUUAUAUUUGUUCUAGUUUAAUUUUUUAUGUCAAUUAUCUUGAAAACUUGCUGAUGGUGCAUUUGUUCGACGUAUGGUAUAUGCUUUGUUCCUUUAUGCAGUACAAUUCUACUGCAUGGAUAUUUGAUAAAGUUAUCAUUAAUAUAGAGAAGUAUCGUUAUGGGGCUAUGUCUAGCAUGCUGCAUGUCAAUCUUUACUUCAGUUGAUAGCUUGAAUUCUGUUAUUAAAGAAUCAGUAAAAUUGCAGUAUCCCUGUGUUCCUAAACCAAAACAUUUCACAUGUAGUUCAAUACGGUAGUUUUAUGGUGCUUUGUUUCUCAAGUCAUGACUUUUCUUUUCUCUCUUUGAAUUGUUAUUCUGGUUGGCAACUGGUUUUAUUUGUCGGUAGUUUUGGCUUUUUCUUAUUCAGUGACAUCUUGAAGAAAUCUUCUGCUUCACCAUGCCGCCGAAGCCCUUAGAUUAUGAGUCAAUUAAUGAAAACGUGAAGAAGAGUCAAUAUGCUGUCAGAGGUGAACUAUACCUUCGAGCUUCUGAGCUUCAGAAAGAGGGCAAAAAGAUUAUAUUUACUAAUGUUGGCAACCCACAUGCGUUGGGACAGAAACCACUGAGCUUCCCUCGCCAGGUUGUUGCUUUGUGCCAAGCUCCAUUUCUCCUAGAUGAUCCUAAUGUUGGACUGCUGUUUCCCGCUGAUGCAAUUGCAAGAGCUAAGCACUAUCUCACAUUGACCUCGGGUGGUUUAGGUGCUUAUAGUGAUUCUCGAGGCAUUCCAGGAGUGAGGAAGGAAGUGGCAGAGUUCAUACACAGACGUGAUGGUUAUCCAAGUGAUCCAGAGCUCAUAUAUCUAACUGAUGGUGCCAGCAAAGGUGUGAUGCAGAUAUUAAAUACUAUCAUCAGAGGUCAAGAUGAUGGGAUUUUGGUACCAGUCCCACAAUACCCACUCUACUCAGCAACAAUUGCUCUGCUUGGUGGUUCUCUUGUUCCAUACUACCUUGAAGAGACAGCAAAUUGGGGGCUUGAUAUUAAUGAACUUCGUAAAUCAGUUGCACAGGCUCACUAUAAAGGAAUAACUGUUAAAGCAAUGGUGAUUAUAAAUCCAGGAAAUCCUACAGGUCAAUGCCUCAGUGAAUCUAAUCUGAGGGAGAUUUUGCAAUUUUGUUAUGAAGAAAAUUUGGCUUUGCUUGGAGAUGAGGUUUAUCAGCAGAAUAUAUAUCAAGAUGAACGACCCUUCAUUAGUGCUAAAAAGGUUUUGAUGGACUUGGGGCCACCUCUAAGCAAGGAAGUCCAACUUAUUUCUUUUCACACAGUGUCAAAAGGUUACUUUGGUGAAUGUGGACAGAGGGGUGGAUAUUUUGAAAUGACCAACAUUCCUCCAGAGACAGUUGAUGAGAUAUAUAAAGUUGCAUCAAUAUCACUUAGUCCAAAUGUUCCAGCACAAAUAUUUAUGGGAACUAUGGUCAAUCCACCCAAACCUGGAGAUAUUUCUUAUGAUCAAUUUGUUAGGGAGAGCAAAGGAAUACUUGAGUCACUGAGAAGAAGAGCAAGGAUAAUGACUGAUGGAUUCAACAGUUGCAGAAAUGUUGUUUGCAAUUUUACAGAAGGUGCCAUGUAUUCUUUCCCUCAUAUACGAUUGCCACCAAGGGCUAUAGAGGCUGCUAAACAGGCUGGAAAGGCUCCAGAUGUUUUAUACUGUCUCAAGCUUUUGGAAGCCACUGGCAUAUCCACUGUUCCUGGUUCAGGAUUUGGACAGAAAGAAGGGGUCUUCCAUUUGAGGACAACUAUUUUACCAGCUGAGGAAGACAUGCCAGCUAUUAUGGCUAGUUUCAAAAAGUUCAAUGAUGAGUUCAUGGAGCAAUACGAAGACAAUAGAGGUUAUUCAAGGUUGUAAAAGAAAUCACCAUAAAAGUGGCAUUAUACUCAUGCACUUUUGUAAGCCGUUUAAUCCGUCCCUUAAAAACAUAACCUCCGUUCUACGGGGUUUCUAUUUGUCUUCCAUUGGAGAUAAUUCUUAAACCGUACAUUUUCUUCUAUAUCAUCUCUGAACUUGCAAUCUUUCAUGUAUAUUUCAUCUCUCUGGCACCUUUAUUAUGUUGUGCAUGGCAAUUAAUUGUCUUGAAUAUGAUAGUUCUCUCUCUGUCCCGUGUUUACAAGUCCUAAUUCUAAGAGAGGUUUCAACAUAGAUCUUUAUGGUCUAAAAUUGAUACAUUGUUAUUCACUUUUCAGAAGGGGAUAAUUGAUAAACCUUACCCUUGGAAUGCAUUUCCUCUAAUUAUUGUUAAUUUAUUAAUGAUUUAAAAAAAAA